CCUUGUAUGACACAAUUGCCAAAACCUUGGAAAAGAAGUCAAGCUAUAGUUCUUCCCCAAAUAUAAUCAACCUAAAGAAAAAGCAGGGGCGACAAUGGAGGUGGAGAUCGACGAGAAAGAGCUGAAAGCCAUUGGUGCAGAAUCCUUGACAGAUGGACGGCGAGGAUUGCGUAUUCGUGGUUGGGAGAUCGAAUCUUGCAAGCGUUCCAUUCUCACGUCACUUGAACUUCAACUUUGGGAAGAAAAACUUCAAACAUCUCACUUCCCUGAAAUGAUAUUUGGAAACAGCUCUUUAGUUCUUAAGCAUCUAGCUAGUGGCACUAAGAUUCAUUUCAAUGCAUAUGAUGCUUUAAUUGGCUGGAAGAAAGAAGCACUGCCACCUGUCGAAGUUCCUGCUGCAGCAAAGUGGAAGUUCAGAAGUCAACCGUUUCAACAGGUGAUAUUAGACUAUGAUUACACAUUCACUACUCCUUAUUGUGGAAGUGAAGAGGUAUACACAAAUAGUGAAGAGGUUGGAAGGGACAUUGUGGAUGGUGGUCCUAGUCUUUGCUGGGAAGACUGUGAGGAGAAGAUUGAUAUGGUUGCUCUGGCAUCAAAAGAACCUAUUCUAUUCUAUGAUGAGGUGAUUUUAUAUGAAGAUGAAUUAGGUGACAAUGGAGUGUCUCUGUUGACUGCCAAAGUGAGAGUUAUGCCCAGUGGUUGGUUUCUUCUCUUCAGAUUUUGGCUAAGAGUUGACGGCGUGCUUAUGAGACUACGGGACACUCGUCUGCAUUGUAUUUUUGGAGAAUCCUCAUUUCCUGUUGUUCUUCGGGAUAGCUGCUGGAGAGAGGGUAAAUUUAGUGCCUUGGCCGCGAAAGGGUAUCCAGUUGAUGCUGCUUCAUAUAACGAUCCAAGCAUCAUUAGCGAGAGGCUCCCUGUCAUCAUGCAUAAAACACAAAAGCUUAAAUUCAUUACCAACAUGUAAGGCUGUAACAGCUCUUUAUCAGUGGUUAUUGAUAAAACUCGUAUAUUGAAUCUGAAAUGAAACUAUAUUGUUAUCCUACAACCCCUUCAAGAUAAUUGAUGUUAUUCUUAAUGGAA